AUGGAUGUGGAAAGUGAGUUUUCCGUCCUGGAAUCUGGGGAAGUUAAUGGGGAAACUAGGACUAUUUCUGCCUCGGUAAACUUGGGUAAUGUUGAUGAAACCAAGAUACAUAACAACGAGUCCUGCGUGGUGCAAACUAAUGAUAAGAAUGAGUUUUUGGAUGGGAUGAAGGGAAAAAGAAUUGAAGUUAAUUCGCCUACCCUUGAGGUGACAUCACAAGUGCCUCCAUCCCCUGUGAUGAUAAAAGGGAAUGGGUUGAGGAAAUGGAGAAGGAUCAAGAGAGAUGCCAACAAGGGAGGGGAUAAUAUAGUUGAUACUGGCAAGAUGUUGACAGAGAGUUUGCCUAAUCCAGGUGCAAAUUCAAGCAAACGGAUGCAAUUUUCUGAGGAGAUGAAGCAAAAGAACAAGGGGUAUGUUUCAUCCACUAAUGCAGAGAGGAAUUUCAACGGUUUUGUUGUGCUUGGUGAUUCUGGAUUGGUGAUUGGACCUACCCUUUUUGCAAGAAUGGAUUCAGAAAACAGUGGGGAUCUGAGUAGCAAGUCAUCCACAGCGGUCAGUGCUCCAAACUCAAGGUAUGAGAUGUCCAAGGUUGCAGGAAUUCCGCAAGAUAAAAUCAGGACGAGGAGUCUGAGUGCGAAGAAUUUGAGUAACUCUGUGCAGCGUGAUCAGCAGAGAAAGGGUCACAUGGACACCAGUAAGAAGGCUAGAGAGGACCGGGCCAAAAUCGAGAAAGAAAACUCCCAUUCCAGCGUGGAAUCUGACUCGCGAAGCCCGAACUUUUCCUUCAUGAAAGGAACUUACUCUGCAAUAAGCAAUGGGAUGCAAAAUGGAAGUUCAGUUGAUUAUGAUGCAGAAAAUGGCGAUGAUCCAUCGUUGGAGGUUAAAGAAGAAAGAAGUGAGAACUCUGGCUCUGCAGCUGAUCACGAUUCUCUGGUUGAAUCUCUCUCUGCGCUUCAAUCUGCACGAGAAGCACUAAAAAGAGAGGUUAAAAAAUUUAGGGAAAUUGGAAAGGAAGAUUUUCAUGUUGAUGAUUCAAUUCAAGACUUACCUUCAGAGUAUACUUCCACCGAAGCAGCACUUGAGGACCUCUUUAAGCGAAGGAUUGAAGCUGAAGUUGAAUAUUUUAUAACAUCAAGAAUGAUCCAAAAGUCGAAGAUUGUAGUGGAUGUACAGAGUCUUUUAGAAAAACAGAAAACUCUGGCUUCUAAGCAAGCUCAGAUGCUGAACAGGCUUGAAGAUGCAGAAAACAAGGCCGCAACACUUAAUAAAGAAGCUGAGAAUUUGGAGAAUUAUUGUGAAGAUAUUGUUAGUGCUGUUGAGAACACGACACUGCAGAAGAGGGUGUGGAAGUACAUUGCAUGUUUCUUCUUGCAGUUGGUAAUGUUGAUCAUUAUCAUGGGACUCUUUAUUUUGCAGAUAUCACCAAAUUAUACCGGGUCUGUUCCCACUUAG